UCCUCGAAUUUAGUGCUAACUAAAUCGAAGAUUUUCGCAAUUCCUCAAUUUUACCUUUAGAUUGGCUUCAAUUUCGAAUAUCUGUGUUGUAUUUAAUUUGUGUUUUAUAGAUCUUAUUUCGCCUGUUAAAUCGUUUAUGGACAUCAUGGCAUUUUCAAGGCUAAUCUCUUUGGCUUUAUCAACGUUUUUUUUCUUGAUUUUGAUUGUUGAUUCCUUGAUCGUGUGUCGUGUUGCAACACGGUAAGCCGUACAAGUGGGGCCUUCCUUAUCAGGGAACGUUUCUGAUUGUGCAGCGAUGAUCAAGUGAAACCGAUUCUUAACUUUGGCUCAAACCUUUAAGGUCUGUCCACACAUAUCCGUGACGGGACGGCACCGUUGCUCUCCGUGUUCCGUAGCCUCCGGUGACAUCCGUGAUAAAUUUUUCUUUGCUAUUCACACAGUACCGUACCUUUCCGUGUCAGUGUUCUUCAGUGAUCAAAUGUGUCUGCUCGAGUGAUCUCAGUUUUCUCUCCACAAUGAACUUCAGUACAGAAGACUUGGCAGUAAUUGCAUUAAUUUUAGACGAAGAAGAAGAACAAGAGAAGAGAAGAAGACUCUGGGUUCAUCCCAUAUGGAUGCUUCGAGGCGCGGAAGGAGAGUUUGCGACUUUGUAUAGAGGCUUGGUGGACGACGAAUGUAAAUUUUAUGAAUACUUUCGAAUGAGCCAAAGCGCAUUUCAUGUUUUGCUCGCUAAAAUUGAGAAGUUUAUCAUGAAAAAGGACACAUUCUGGAGAAAUGCUAUUUCUGCAAGAGAAAGACUCGCCGUGUGUUUAAGAUAUCUUGCUACAGGUGAUUCGUUCAAAACGAUUUCGUUCAGCUACCGGAUGGGGCACUCAACUGUUCAGUCAAUAGUGACCGAAACAUGUCGUGCAAUAGUUGAAGGUUUGAUGAGUGAAGUGAUGCCUGAACCAUCAGAAGAAGAUUGGAAAAGAAUCUCACAGGAUUUCAAAGGCUAUUGGAAUUUCCCGAAUUGCAUCGGGGCUGUAGAUGGCAAACAUGUCAGCAUACAGGCACCACCAAAAAGUGGAUCUCAAUUUUUUAAUUACAAGAAAAUUUUUUCUGUUGUGCUGCUUGGCUUGUUUGAUGCCAAUUACAACUUUAUUGCUGUAGAUGUAGGUGCCUAUGGCAAAAGCAGUGAUGGUGGUAUUUGGGCACGCUCUAACAUCGGUAAAGCAUUUGAAUCAGGCAACUUUUCGGUACCUGGACCCGUACUUCUCCCGGGCACAAGCAUCGAAUUACCACACAUUAUAGUCGCUGAUGAGGCUUUUCAGUUAAAACCGUAUAUUAUGCGCCCAUACCCCGGUCAGGAAUUAGACAAUCCAAAAAGGAUAUUCAAUUAUCGCCUGAGCCGUGCCAGAAGGGUUUCGGAAAAUGGGUUUGGAAUCUUGGUUCAAAAAUUCAGAUUAUACAACAGACGGAUUCAGUCAUUACCUGCAAAUGUGGACAACAUAAUAUUGAGUACCUGCGUUUUACACAAUUUCAUACGAAAGUAUGAAAGGUACGAAGGUACACCAGUCAUCAGUGGAGAAACUUCUAGCAACGAGUACAGGCCAGUCAACUCAGCACUAAGGAACUUGUCUCACAAAGGCGGAAAUGCCACUAAACACGCCUUUCAAAUUAGAGAUGCAUUUAAAGAUUAUUUUGCUUCAGAAGCAGGAUCAGUUCCUUGGCAAAAUCAAGCUAUUAGUGGCCGAGAUCAAUGAUUUUGUUAAUGACGUUUACCACGUCCUUACUUGAAAGUUGGUUAAUUGUUUGUAGGUAUUUAUUAUGUAGUAGGUUUUUUAUUAUGUAUUUACUAUUUCGUCUUUCGUAAUUUACUAUUCGUAAUUAUUUUGUAUUUUGUAAUAAUAAAGUA